GAAACUCAUUUCUAUAAUGGCUGCCAUGAAGCGUUGUCGGUUGGCUAGCGUUUCUCGAUCUGAUAUCUUGUUAUUGACAGUUUUGAUAAAAUACGAAGCGAUGUGUCCGAAGUGACGGUUCGAUAUCCAAGUAGUGUAACAGACGCGUGAAGUAUCUUGGCAGCUGAUGAAUAAGCAGCGAUAAUCAGUGAAUAAUACCCGUGAAAAUCGAGCUCCACUUCUGUCUAUACGACGCAGUGAUCACAGAAAGAAAUCUUUGAAAGUUGGCCCGUCAUCCGCCACUCUUCUCCCUUACCGAAUACUGCAAUAGGUGGAAGAAAAAUUUAUUCGACCGACUUCGACGACUAGAUAAUAUCAAAAUAUGUAAUCCUAACCAUCCGUGCUGUGAAAUUCCCUUAAGACAAACUGUCACGGCACGCGACUCGCGAUCAAGAAACUGCCUAGAUUUUGACAGUAAACAAAACUGACAGGCAAGUUAGCCUGUUUUGCAGGUCAUGGCUGUUGUAAUGGUGACAAAAAGAGUCGUUCAAAAGAAAGGCAGCCAAUGUUGGCCGGAUAGAAGAGUUUAGGGGCAUUAUACACCGGACUUGGAAUUAUUUCAAAGCAAUUCUUGAGGUGAUAUAUAAAAACUGAACGAAAUGUGUUGAUAAAAAUUUGUGCCGAUGUGUCUGAUAGUAUUCUAGACUAAUUAAGUGUGAAACGAAAGAAUCUUCGGUGUGAUGCAGGUCUGUGAAAGCUUAAAAGCUAUUCAUUGUGCCAUUCGUAACGCGUCUUAUUAAUACACUGAAACAAAAUGUUAGGGAAAGUACCGCCUUCCAAUACCCCUGGACCACCGGUAUCUAUAUCUACGUUGAAUACCGGUACCAGAUCAUCGACGACAUGCUUGCCAUGUUUUUCUGCGGAUGAAGUCGCAGCAGGAAAUUUAGAUGAAAAGGUGAAAACAUGGAGGCCAAAGGAAAACGAGCCAGUUGUGUCUGAGGCACCAGGCAACCAGAAUGCAGAUGUGAGUAAGCCUCGCAGGUCAGAACCCAAAGCUUCUCAUUUGCAUUCACACUGCAGGGAAUCUUCUUCAUCGACUUUGAAUUUCGCGCCAUUUACAGAGCAUAAGUUAUCAUUUGCCGCGAGAGAUUUGUCGUCAUCGAUGAUUCACAAAUGUUCUUCCAAUCCCAACUGUCCCGCACUGAAGUCGAACUCCGGUGUUAAUAGUUCUUCCAAAAUAUCGAAAAAUCUCUCGUUGUCGAGUCUGGGCUGUUUGAACGUUGACGUUAUAAACAGGGAAGUUAACAGAGCGACGAAAAAAUUGUCUCCUGGUAACAGAGACAAGGAGACAUUGAGACCUGCCAAAGAUCAGCGUAAAGCGUGCUCUGGAAAUCCUUCGCCUUGUGUUAAGCAGGUUGAAAAGGAUGGCGGCGACGAGGCAAAGCACGGCGAAUCCCACUUCUCAGAUUUUCAAUCCCCAUUGGAGGCCUGUAAUGGGCAAUUAUUGGGAGACAGAACGUCGACGAACUUUGAAACACCGUCUGAAUAUCGCUCAGGCGGCGUCGAUACCUACGAUGAAACAAACACUCUGCCAAACCAAAUGAAUUUUGUUUCUUCAAACCCGUUUAAAGAGUGCGAAAAUACAGACAACCUGCAGCAUUGUCUUUCGUUUCCUUCGCUCCAUUUACCCACCGAAUUGCAAAGCACACCGAGGAGUCUGAAGGAUCGUGAGAAGACUAGGGACCCUUGGAAACCCACGGAACUCGAGGGACAGAGCGGCGCUAAUUUAAAUGUGUGUUCUGGUGAUGCCAAUCAAGAUUUUUCAUCGACCAAGAGGAGAACUGGAGCUUCUUGUCAAGCCCUCAGACAUGCCGUUGCUUCGCUUAAUCGACUUGAUGAUUUUUAUCUCGAGAAAAUUGGUGCUGGUUUCUUUUCCGAAGUCUUUAAGGUGACUCACAAAGUAUCGGGUCAAGUUAUGGUCUUGAAAAUGAACCAACUGCCAGCUAACAGGCCAAACAUGCUCAAAGAAGUUCAAUUGAUGAAUAAACUGAGUCAUCCGAAUAUAUUGAGGUUCAUGGGAGUUUGUGUCCACGAGGGUCAGCUCCAUGCUCUUACAGAAUACAUUAAUGGUGGCAGCUUAGAACAGCUGAUUAUGGCCAGACACGUCGCGCUACCUCAUUUAGUGAGAAUGAACCUUGCCAAAGACGUUGCUAGGGGAAUGACCUACCUUCACAGUCGAGGUUUAUUCCACCGUGAUUUGACGUCUAAGAACGUGUUAAUUAAGAAAGAUAAAGCAAACGGUGAGAUGGUCGCUGUCGUUGGAGAUUUUGGGCUUGCAGCUAAAAUUCCCGAUCCAAAUUCUGGCUACCGAUUGAGCACAGUCGGGAGUCCGUAUUGGAUGUCGCCCGAGUGUCUUAAGGGACAAUGGUACGAUCACAGGUCGGAUGUUUUUUCAUUUGGAAUUGUCGUCUGCGAACUUAUCGGGAGAGUUUCUGCCGAUCCCGACGUUUUAUCAAGAUCCGAUAAUUUUGGCCUAGAUUAUCUAGCUGUCGGCGAAAUCUGCAGCGCCUCUGAUCCACCACCAGCCUUCUUGCAAUUAGCUUUUAAUUGUUGCAGAUAUGAGCCAAAGUCAAGGCCAACUUUUCCGGAGAUAGUUGCCAGCUUGGAGACGAUAAUAUUGUCUUACGAAGAGGAGGUCAAAGACACUCUAAGCAAACGGCAGUCAGUUGAUCCACCACUGCUGUCUAGUUUAGAUGAGAUUGGAAGAGAAAGUAGAUGUCCUAAGAGAAGAGCAGUUAGGCAAAGAAGUCAUUCAGCCGACGCGAGGGGCUGCGACAACGCCACCCCGUCAGACAAAGCUAGAUGCCAUUCGGCUAGACGUGUUGCUGAACUGGCAAGCAAAAGAGAUCCCCACUACAGGCCCAUGACGGCCAAUCCAUUCCACGCUCUGGGCGGCGUCAAGAAAAUUUUGGGUGAUUUAUUCUCUAGCUGUUUGGAAUUACCGUCGUUGGAAGAUGUUAGACCAAGUCUUAACGACAAUGGGUCAAAUAAAUUUAAACCUGCCCAGAACGACAGUAUAGCUAAAAUUUUAAACAGGAGGAAACCAAAUUCUGAGCCAAGCAGUCCGACUGCUAGAAAAAAGUGGGAGAAAAAGGUCGCUACAAAAGUCGGUGCUGCUAGUUCGUUCACUCAUCCCUUGUUCAGGGAAGGUUGGGAGCCGAGAAGACGCGGUAGCUGUGAAUCUGGAUUCUGGAGCUGCGUCGGUGAAGAUCUCAGCCCUGAACCGCCUAAUCGUAGGCACGCUUCGACACUGAGUAGCUCGGCAGCUAGUAGUUUGUUUUUAUUAGACGAUCACAGGACUAGCUCUAUAUACACAGACUCUUCGGAAGAUAUAGCAAGUCUUGGCGGCGGGGAUUCGUCUUAUUGGGAGGAUAGACUAGGCAGCAUAAAUUCGACUAGCAAGACUAUAUCUAAGAUAGUAGAAUACUUUGAGAGGAAACAAGCUUCUGGUAGCAGUCUAAGGAUAGGAGAAUCUAGUCUGGAAGUCGGACCGAGCAGAAUAGCUCUGUUGAGAGCAAGUAUGGAGGAGACUGUUCCUAUUUGUAGCAUCUCUGCGGCUCAACGACUCGUCGUAUGUGAAGGUGCCGUACGUAGCAAACUUUCGCUAUUUGACAAAAAAUGACAGAUCCGGUUACCCAGCUCUACGUAUGAUAUUGAGGGAUUUAUUUGAGUAUUUCUCAAUCUAGUUUUUUUUUUUUUUUAUUUUUUUUUAAUUAUUUGUGAAAUAAGUUAACUCCCUUUAAGGGUUAUUCAAGAUUACGUCCGUACCUGUCACAAUGUUCCGUUUGCUUAACAGUAUUUUUUUUAACAGAUGAAUUCUACCUUUCACAAUAAUCGAUAAGCGAAAAAUUUUAAACAGGUUUAUUUGCGGCUAUAUAUUAUAUACUAUAAAGUAUGAUAAAUAAUAUUAUAAAUUUUGUACACACGCCGCCUUGAGAUUUUUAUAUUGUAAAAAUCUCUAUGUGUCAAAUUAGAUUUUAACGAAUGUUGCUUUGUCGAAAGCAUUUUUGAGUAUCCUUAAACGCGAUGGCCAUGUCGAACAGAGACCGUAAUUUACUUGCUGCAUUUUUCACUUUUAUUUUCCUUUAAAAAAAUUGUAUGAUUUUGAUCGUCUAUUUCCUAGUUUGCAGUCCUGGAGAUUACGUAUUGCAAAUGUUUUCCAAGGGUUACAUUAAAUCUUUUAGUUUGUUCGAUAGAUUGCAGUUGAUCUUUACUUUUCUUUGGAUGUAGAGAAAGCAUCGGUGUCGAUCUUUGGGUGAAAAAGGUCGUUUCAUACCAUAUAAACUUGUAUAAAGAUUUUUUUUUAGAUUCAGAUUAAAUUCACAGAACUACGAGUGUCAACUUAAUAUCGUACGUAGGAAGUCGGGCAUGCAAUACACGUAUAUGUUAUAUGUAUAUAUAUAUACACAUACAUGAUAAAUAAAAAACAUACUUCUGUACAAACAAGUUAAAGAAAAGUGAUAAAACUAAAAACACGGUUGUAAUUUUAGAGCUGUAAAUGCUUUUUUACGACAAAAAUUCCGUAAUAUCGGAACUUAUUAGUUUUUUUUUUUUCAUCUUCCCUGUUUUCAUUUCGGGGUUUACAAGUGCCGAAUUGUCAGUUUCCAAGAAUUGAAACAUACACCGCCUCAUAGUUCCUACUAGCCAGUUCCGUCCUGAACACCCUUAUUUAGGAAAAGUGAAUCGGCUGUUUUUAUCAUAAAACUUUUUUAUCCAACUGAAAAAAUUCAAAUCAACAAUUUAGAUGUUACGCAUAUGUCCAGCGGAUUUUUCAACGGUACUUGAUUCAAUCCCAGUAUAUGUAUAUAUAUAUAAAAAUAGGUCGUGAAAUAUAAAAAUUAUUAAACUAUUUAAAUUAUUCUCCUAACUUGCAUCGUACUAACAAUAAAACAAAUUCGUAGCUUUGAUGAUAAGAUUGGUUUCAUUUUAAUUGGCGAACGUAUAUACCGUCCGACUAAUAGGGGUAUACAUAAACGUUAUAAUUAAACACGUCCCUAAUUGUAAGUUUAAUUCCUUAUCAGUAAUUAAAUAUCAUUUCAUCAUUGUUGUUACGAUCGUCAAUUUUAAGCAGGGUGAAUUACUUUUCAUUCUUCGGUUUUUUCAAGGUGGCAUGCACACCGCGUCUAUGAUUCAUUCAGCCCUAUAGGGAAAACGGUAGUAGGUCAACAUGUGCAUAUUUACUUGGUGAACAAUUAUUCAUCCCCAAAACUUAUAUUUCAUCGUUUUUAUAAUGCUACUUUAAACUAUAGAAAAAUGAUGUACCAUAUGGUUAUUAUCAAGGACGUACAAGGUGGGUUCGGCAAUUAUUCUCUGUGACACGAUUUGCUCUUAAUUUUUUAAUAAAUCCGCAAAGUAUGCGCAAUAAGAAUUUCGAGCAAUUCAAUCCUUUCGGGGUGGAAUUAGCGAACUCAGCUGUGGAAUAGCAAGGAAAAGAAAUACGAAUAUAUGAUAUAAAAACUGAUCUAGUCAGUGUAUUUAUGAGGCGGCCUUAUAUUUUGUACGCAUUAGGGCUGAUGAAUAAAAAAACAUUGUUAUAGAAUUAAUGAUAAUAAUAAUAAUAAUAAUAUAUGAGAGACGAAUGAAAUGCUAAUGUGCAUAAAAGUAACAAGGAAACAAGA